UGAUUAUCCAACGCGUUAAGCCCUCGUAGGCACACUGUUUUGAAUCGCCCGUAUUGUUCACAGAACUGAACUUGUAAACGGAGAAACCAUGUGGCGUACGUCUUAUGAUGUACACGUAUGUAAACCGUUUCGUGCACGUAUGUGGGUAGGACCUUUCGCGUAUACGUCUGUUCUGUCUGAUCGAUUGAACUUAGUACGAAUCCGGGUCACUGAACAAUUCUGUCAGGUUGAAGGUUGUUUUGUUAACACGCAUAGGACAGUACAGUAAAACCCUCUGCUUGGCACAAAAAAUCGAGUUACUGAAGUCGGGAAAAAUGGCUGUUGCGGAGGUUAUCACUGAAAACGUGGGAUUGGCUCUGAUGUUCAUAGUCACGUUUGUGGCUCUUCUGCUUUACCAGAACACAAGGAGGCCGGCGGGGUUUCCUCCAGGACCUCUCGCACUCCCCAUCAUCGGCAAUGUACUCACUUUCAGGUCUUCCGAACCAGUAUAUCAGAUUUUCCUGCAACUUGCGGAGCAGUACGGCCGUGUAUUUUCCCUGAAGCUCGGCAGCUUGUGGGUGAUUGUCUUAAACGAUGUGGAAGACAUCCGUGAGGCUCUCAUCAAGCAGCCGAUCGCCUUUGCCGGUCGCCCCCCUUUAUAUUCACUCAGUUUGCUCACGGAAGGGCUGCAGGACAUCGUAUUCAGUGAUUACAGUGAAGAAUGGAGUCUCCAUCGGAGACUUGGCCGAUCAGCAUUAAGGCACUUCGCAGAGGGCGGCAAUCUCGAAAAACUUGUACACGGGGUCCUACCCGGAGUAUCCAAGGUACUAGACCAGUCAGCAGGCAAGCCGAUUGAUCUCCAGGACGUUUUUGAAAAGAGCAUCUAUAUUGUUCUGGCAACCAUGUGCUACGGUAAAAACUAUGAUUUUGACGACCCAUCCCUUGCCAAAUGGUUGGGCAAUAACAAGGAGGUUAAACGCCUCGUCGGGAUCGGCCUGCCGCAAGAUUUCAUCCAUUGCCUUCGGUAUCUACCGACGCCCGUGACAGCCAGGGAGAAACGGAUGAGGCGAGUCAUGUACGAAGAGGUGCAGUACAUAUACGAGGAGUUCAAAGGUCACCGCAGUUCCUUCGAUCCGGAGAAUAUUCGAGACCUGUUUGAUUCACUGAUUGCGGCCCAGCGAACAGACGCAGCUCAGGGUGGGUCAAGGGUUGAUUUUCUGACAGACACGAGGAUCGUUCAAACAAUUCACGACGUGUUUGGAGCUGGUGUCGACACGACGAUUCCAGCGCUUUACUGGGCAGUCGCCCUCGUGAUUGAACAUCCUCAAAUCUUGGAGCGCGUUACCGGAGAGAUAGACACAGUUAUAGGUCCAGACUGUCUGCCUUGCCUGUCACACCGAGGCUCUAUGCCUUACACAGAGGCUACAUUGAUGGAGAUCUUCCGAUACGGAGCGACCACGCCAGUUGGACUGCCAAAAUCGACGACGAGAGACACGACCUUCCGUGGAUUUACUAUCCCGAAGAAAACCAUGGUUAUGGUGAAUCACUGGGCUGCCCAUCAUAGCCAGAAUCACUGGGAUGAGCCUGCCAAGUUCAAACCAGAGCGCUUCCUAGACGAGAGCGAGACCAAGUUGAUCAAGACCCCGGCGAGCUUCAUGCCCUUCGGUGUCGGCCGUCGCUCCUGCAUCGGGGAGAACUUUGCCAGGGGUGAGAUCUUCAUCCUGUUCUGUUGGCUCUUCGGCCGCUACGCCCUGUCUAAGGUGCCCGGCAGAGAGGAGGAGUCGCUGCUGAGGACGAAAGUAUCACAAGAGCUGACUGAACAUGACCUGUGUCCCUAUGAGGUUAUCGUGCAGAAGCUGUAAACAAAAUCGUUGACACAAUGUGAAACUUCCUGACCUGACCGAUGCCACGAGUGGUGUAGCAUUUCUUCGUUUUUUUCUGUAGGGCGAAAUUUUUGUUUCCAUGACAAACAUGUCCACAUAAUAAACUGUCGUUCACUUUUGGUUAUUCGGCGGUGUUCUAUCCUAUUGUGUUAACCUGACAACAAGACUUUUUACACAAUGAACGAGCGGAAGACGUUCUUUUCGCUUUCACAAGUCAAUUCAACUUCCCCUCUCUGAAAGAUGGUUUCAAAGUCAUGGCCAUUGAAGGUUAUCCAUCGUAAAACAAACAGGAAAAGUUAGUUUCGUGAGCCAUCAUGUAAAAUUAACUACGUAUUCAAUGGUGUAACUGACAACGAACAAAAUCUAAACAUUUGUGUCUCCGUGAUUUCAUCUAAAGCGUAUAUGAGUAAGAGUGUGAGCAAGUUUGGUUAUCCCUAUGUGAAUGAUGGAUCUGAGAGACGAGAUCCACAUAACGCUGUGUAGACGUGCACAUGCCCACACCACGAAUAACCUGCUCAGAAAAUAGAUUAGGCGUGUAGGGACCUUUAACAAUAAAACAAAGGUCAAGGAAACCAUUUAUAUUUCACUAAGUUUGCCAAGAACACCAAAUAUCUUCAAGAGGUGCGUAAACCUAUAUGUGUUAAAUACUCUUAUACUGACAGAUUUGAAUCACAGUCGUUACGUCCUACAGGUUUUAUUUUGCCUAAUAAUGAUGGCAAAGACACCAUGUGUUCUAAUUAAGAGGAUUUAAUUUGCAUGCAUUUGCGUCGCCUUUCUUUAAUAUUUUUGGAUGUAUUCUGUUUGCCUUCCAUUGCUGUAGUAGCUUAUCUUUUUUUUAAUAGUGUUUGUGAUUGAAACAUUUUCAGUUUGCUGAAAUGUGAUUAUUCUGGUCUUUUCGGUACUUGACACCCAGAGUUUUCAGGCUCUGGCUUUAAUUAACUUAGAUUUAGGAAAGCGAUCCACCCAACUUUAAUUUCAUUGCUUUUGUAUAAUCAGAGUUUUGAUUGAUUUUAUUUUGAAGUAUGUUAGAAUUA